UCAUACGGCAAAAAUAGUCGGAUAGAUAUGAAAUUAAUAUGGUAAAUAUUCUAAUAAUAAAUAUUUUGGUUACCUAUGGAUAAUGAUGAUAAAUCAAUAGAUUGUGUCAGCCACGAGACAAUUAUAAAUAUCUCAACAAAAAAUUAAAAUCUUCAUUCACUUGGCUGUUCUUGAUUUCUCCUCUCUUAAUCUCUCUGCUUGCUUUUGUUUUCGACAUGGAUCCCUACAAGAACCGACCAUCAAGCGCUUAUGAUUCCCAGUUCUGGACUGCCAACUCUGGUGCUCCCGUAUGGAACAACAACUCAUCCAUGACUGUUGGACCCAGAGGUCCAAUCCUUCUUGAAGACUAUCAUCUAAUUGAGAAACUUGCAAAUUUUGAUAGAGAGAGGAUUCCAGAGCGUGUUGUCCAUGCUAGGGGUGCUAGUGCAAAGGGUUUCUUUGAAGUCACCCACGAUAUCUCCAGCUUAACAUGUGCUGAUUUCCUUCGAUCCCCUGGAGUACAGACCCCUGUCAUUGUUCGUUUUUCUACUGUUGUUCAUGAGCGUGGCAGCCCUGAAACCCUGAGGGACCCUCGAGGUUUUGCUGUGAAGUUUUACACUAGAGAGGGUAAUUUUGAUCUUGUGGGAAACAAUUUCCCCGUUUUCUUCAUUCGCGAUGGGAUGAAAUUCCCAGAUUUAGUGCAUGCUUUUAAGCCCAAUCCUAAGUCCCAUAUCCAGGAAACCUGGAGGAUCUUUGACUUUUUAUCCCACAUUCCUGAAAGCGCGCACAUGCUCACCUUCCUCUUUGACGAUUUGGGUGUUCCACAAGAUUACAGGCAUAUGGAUGGCUUUGGAGUUAACACCUAUACUCUGAUCAACAAGGCCGGAAAAGUACACUAUGUAAAAUUUCACUGGAAACCUACUUGUGGGGUAAAGUGUUUGCUGGACGAAGAGGCAAUUAAGGUUGGAGGAUCCAAUCAUAGCCAUGCCACUCAAGAUCUAUACGACUCAAUUGCUGCUGGCAACUAUCCAGAGUGGAAACUAUUUGUCCAGACAAUGGAUCCUGCUGAUGAAGACAAAUUUGACUUUGAUCCACUUGAUGUGACCAAGAUCUGGCCUGAGGAUAUUUUGCCCCUGCAGCCUGUUGGUCGCCUGGUCUUAAACAAGAACAUUGAUAAUUUCUUUGCUGAAAACGAGCAGAUUGCCUUCUGCCCUGCUAUCGUAGUCCCUGGUGUUUCCUAUUCAGAGGAUAAGCUACUCCAGACUAGGAUCUUUUCCUAUGCUGAUACUCAGAGGCACCGUCUGGGACCAAACUAUCUACAGCUCCCUGUUAAUGCUCCAAAAUGUGCUCAUCACAACAAUCAUCAUGAUGGUUUCAUGAAUUUCAUGCAUAGAGAUGAAGAGGUCAAUUAUUUUCCAUCCAGAUUUGACAAGGUUCGCCAUGCUGAGCCUUACCCUAUUCCUUCGGCCAUCUGCAGUGGAAAGCGUGAGAAGUGUGUGAUUGCGAAGGAGAACAAUUUCAAACAACCAGGAGAGAAAUAUCGGUCUUGGGAUCCUGAAAGGCAAGAGCGAUUCCUCAAUCGGAUGGUUGAGGGCUUAUCUGAUCCUCGCAUCACUCACGAGCUUCGUACAAUCUGGAUCUCCUACUGGACUGAGUGCGACAAAUCCUUGGGACAAAAGGUUGCAAGCCGUCUCAACCUGAAACCGAGCAUUUGAAGUUGAUGCAGCACAGCGAAGAGGGUAUGCUGGUUCGGGAGUGAAAAAAUCAUUGUGAAUCUUUGAUUGCUUUGCUUUGUUGUGUUACUUAGCAAACUUUUAAGACUCUUUGGACUAGUUGUUAUAUACUAAUAAAUUAUUUUAGUUCUAUAUGCUUUUUUCUUUCUUUUCCGGGUGGUGCUGUCCACAGUUGUAUUUACCAAUUUGAUGGUUUGGUUGUAUUACUGCUAUACAAAUAAAAGUUUAAUUGAAAGCAUUGCUGUGUUGUCUAAA